AUGGGCAACUCGGGCAGCGCGCACAUUCCUGGCGGCGGAACCGAAGGCUACCACGUACUGAGGGUGCAAGACAAUUCGCCGGGCCAUGUCGCUGGGCUGGAGCCGUUCUUCGACUUCAUCGUCUGCAUCGGCAACACGCGACUGGAUUCGGACAACGAUGCUCUCAAGGAAAUCUUAAAGCAGCACGUGGAGCGCCCAUUGGAGUUGACCGUUUAUAACAGUAAAACGCAAACGGUUCGUCAAACCCAGAUUACACCGUCGCAGAUGUGGGGCGGCCAAGGAUUGCUUGGCAUCUCGAUUCGAUUUUGCUCAUUUGAAGGGGCACGUGAAAACGUGUGGCAUGUUGUGUAUGUGCAGCCGAAUUCGCCAGCAGAAAUUGCCGGCUUACAAUCCAAUACCGAUUAUAUUCUUGGCGCUGAGUCUGUACUCAAUCAGGCCGAAGAUCUCAUCGCGCACUUGCAAGCAAACGAGGGCAAACCGAUCAAAUUAUAUGUUUACAACACCGAAUCUGAUUCUGUUCGAGAGGUCACAUUAACGCCAAAUUCGGCCUGGGGCGGUGAUGGUUGUCUGGGAUGUGACAUUGGCUAUGGCUAUCUGCAUCGUAUACCGGGCGAUCGAAAAGGCCCAUUGAAAGGUGAAGAACUUGCCGCUCUACUUCAGAAUCAGUUGAAUAAUGGUACUGCCAGCUCGCCAACCAUGAACAAUGGCGACUAUGCACGCUCCAACAAUUCUGUCACCAUUCCGCAACCGGGCAGCACUGGCAUUCCACAGAUUGAUUCAGUGCAAAGUGUGCCGAAAUUUCCAGAUCCUAGUACAUUUGCUCCACCACCACUGCCACCCAAAUUGCCUCUUUUGUCGGCUGGUAUCCAGAAUAUGCCAAAUGUGUCUGUAGCAGUGGCCUCACGUUCAGCUGAAGUGCGUGAUGUCUCACCGGUAGUUCAACAGCAGCCUGCACCUGCAGCCCCGCCAUCGAGCAGUGCUAGCACAAGUACAGUGCGAACCGGACAAAGCAUCACUCCUUCGCCUUCACUUGUACAGCAAGAACCACAAAAGCCAGCUGGAACAGUGGAGCAACAGCAGCAGUCUCAAGCUAAUCUGGAGUAUUCAAGUGCAAACAGGUCAUUUAUGCAGCAGGAUGCGCCUGUGGGAGCCAACAAAAUAGAAGGCGCAACAGCAGGAGCAGCUUCAUCGGUACCGCAGUCGACUGUGCCUGGCGUGGUACCAUCGAUGUUUUCCAAUUUGCCGCAGCAGCAGCAGCAGCACUCGCGACACUAUGAAAUACCAGCACCUGCGCCUCCUCCACCAGCACCUUUCAAUAUUCCAUACACCAGCGCCCCACAAUAUUCUGGCCUGAAUUUUCCGAUGCCUCCACUUAGUACAAUGGGCAUCACUCAGCUUGCACCGCCACCAACCAAUGUAUCAUUUGGUUCAUCAACAGCACCAUCAUUUGGUGGACAGCAGCAGCAGUCAAGUGGCUAUCCGAUGGGAAACCCAGCGUACAGCACAACUGGUUAUCAGAUGCCUGAAGAAAAUCAGUAUGGUAUGCCUCCUCAAGCGAGCAUACCUGUGAUGUGCCCACGACAUAUUCUGAAUCGUAAUCAUGAAGUGUUCACGAAAUAUCUGGAACGAAAGUGCAUUGUGCCGUGGAAGAGUUAA